GUGGUGCGGCCAUGGCGCCGGGCGGGGAGCGCUCGCCGCGGGGCGAGGGCUGUGCGGAGCCCCGCGUCGACCGGAGGACGAGGAAGCCGCUGGUGGAGAAGAAGCGCCGGGCGCGCAUCAACGAGAGCCUGCGGGAGCUGCGGCUGCUGCUGGCCGACAGCGAGUUUCAGGCGAAGCUGGAGAACGCGGAGGUUCUGGAGCGGACGGUGCGGCGGGUGCGGGCCGUGCUGGAGCGCCGCGCCCGCGGUGAGUGCCGGCCCGGGGGGCGGCGGGGGGCCCGGCCCGGGCCGCGCCUCACCCGCGCCCCUCUCUGUCCCCGCGGCGCAGGGGGCGGGCGGCGGCUCCUGGAGGCCAGCGAGCGAUUCGCCGCCGGGUACAUCCAGUGCAUGCACGAGGUGCACACCUUCGUCUCCAGCUGCCCCGGUAUCGACGCCACCACGGCGGCCGAGCUGCUCAACCACCUGCUGGAGUCCAUGCCCCUCAGCGAGGGCGGCUGCCCGGACUCGGUCACGGACGUUUUGGGGGAGCCCGCGCUCGGCCCCUGGCCCGCCGGAGAGGCGCUGGCCCUGCCCGCCGGAGCCCGCCCGGGCCCGGCCCUGCCCGCCCCGGCGCUCUCGCCCUGCCCCAGCGAAGAGACCUGCUCCGACUCGGACGAGGCGGAGGCCGAGCCGGGCCAGACCCCCACGGACGGACUGGACGCGUCCCAGACGCAGGGCCUGGCCUCGGCCGGCUCGCCCAGAUCCAUGUGGAGACCCUGGUAAGAGCCGAGAGGAGUCAGCGCGGAGCUGCCUGUGGGGAGGGCAGGGCAGGGUGCCCGUGUGUGCAGCGUGUCCGUGGGAGCGCUGUGGCUGCGGGACUCGGGCACUCGGACGCUGUCACAGCCUGACAGCCUAAUAGCGAACGCGGUAACAUUUCAUCCCUGUGAGCGUGCGUGUGUGGCAUUUGGGAACUUUAGGGGUUGUUCUUAGGAGAGGAUGGGGGGAGGAGGGAGUCGGUUUGUAGUAGCGAAGCUCUCCGGUGGAGACACAGCAGUUAUUUUAUAACCCUGUCUCUUUCUUCCUGGCCCUUAGAAGGGGCCUAAACACCACUACCCUUUAAGAAAAAGCCCUUGUACGUUUUAAAUCACCAUAGUCAAUUCCAGGAGAAGCUGAAGCUACGUCUGCAUGCACGGUUUUAAACGUUCUAGUGAUAGCACAGACCCCUGAAAGAUGUCAGUGGGGGUAGUGUCUGUACCUGGUAGCAGUUUGAAGUUUCACCUUUAGGGAAGAGAGAGAAAACUUAGAUACCCGGUGGGAUUAUACAAGCAUUUUUAAAGAUGUUGGUGGCAGGGUGCCUUUUAGAAAUGAGUGUCUUUAUGCACAUUUUGCUUUUAGCAUACUUGAGUUUGUUGUGACUUUAUGUAUAUUAGGGUGUCAAAUGUUUUUUAUUUUUAAUCUUUAAUAAAAAAAACCUGAAUUCACAAUGUGGUGUAGUAUAU